CGGGGACGCAUUGGUCCAAGCUGCGCUCUAUCGGCUCUGCUUUUACUGCAGCGCAAGGAUCUUACCUCUCUCCCCGCCAUCUCCGCUAACACAAUGGCCAAGGAAGAGAACAAGGGAAGCGAGCAGUCUGGCUCCGACUGGAAGCAGUUCAUCUACAACCCGCAGAGUGGAGAGUUCAUGGGCCGCACGGCUAGUAGUUGGGCUCUGAUCCUGCUAUUCUACUUGGUGUUUUAUGGAUUCCUCGCUGGGCUCUUUACCCUUACCAUGUGGGUCAUGCUUCAAACACUGGAUGAUUCUGUCCCCAAAUACCGAGACAGAGUUUCUUCUCCAGGUUUAAUGAUUUCUCCUAAAUCUGCUGGGCUUGAGAUUAAAUUUACCCGGAAUAAGACUCAGUCUUAUCAGGAAUAUAUCCAGACUCUUCAUACAUUCCUUACACCUUACAAUGAUGCCAUCCAAGCCAAGAAUGAUCUUUGUGCCCCAGGCCUGUAUUUUGAUCAGGACGAAAAAGAUGAAAAGAAGGCUUGCCAGUUCAACAGGUCUUCCCUCGGACUUUGCUCUGGGAUAGAAGAUAACACGUUUGGAUACAACGAAGGCAAACCUUGCGUUAUUGUCAAAAUGAACAGGAUUAUUGGGUUGAAGCCAGAAGGAAACCCUAAAAUAAACUGUACUUCCAAGACAGAAGAUGUGAAUCUGCAGUAUUUUCCUGAAAAUGGGAAGAUAGACUUGAUGUACUUUCCUUACUAUGGGAAGAAAACCCAUGUAAAUUAUGUUCAGCCUCUAGUAGCUGUGAAAAUCAUUCCUCCACCAUAUAAUUCCUCCUUAGAUGAGAUUUCCCUUGAGUGCAAGAUCCAUGGAUCCCGUAACCUUAAGAAUGAGGAUGAGAGAGACAAGUUCCUGGGGCGAGUGACAUUCAAAGUGAAAAUUUGGGUGUAAAGGGAACACAAGCAGAUUUGUGGCCAGUUGUGUCAUUAUUUUUUGUUUUUGUUUUUUUUGUUUUUUUUUAAUUAUAUUUUUUUAUCGGCCUGACCUGCUAUUCUUGGACCUGGAACCAUCUAGGAGGAUGAUGAUUUGGCACAUGAUUCAGGGUAGCAUAAUACCAAUGUGCUUCCAAACGUGAUGUUUUAACCUCUUCUGUGCUGACGAGGGGUAUUCCCCUUGCUGCUCCAGCUCAGAAGAGGUUAUAGCCCCUGCAUACAGCAUCUGCCUGCCCAUUGGGGCGCCGGUUUACAAAAACAAUGAAUAAAUAUAAUGGUCAUUUCAUAUUAGGGGACUUGUAUAUAGCUGUUUCCAAACAUAAUACUGGUGGUGUUCGUCCAAUUUUUGAUGUGGUUUUAUUCCAUUCCCCUCCCCUUUGACCCCCACUGUAAAUGUGUUACAAGCUUAAUGUGUUGUGCUAUGUAAAUAUUUAAUUGAUUUAACACUGGUUUAACUGUCAUAUCUCCAAUGCCUACACAGUUUUAGGGAACAACAUGACACAAGUAAAUGGUACCUGACCAACCUGUACAAACAGUGAUAAAAACAUACAAAAAAAAAAAA